AUGAAAAAAAUUAGCCUUGGAGUUUAGUGUGUGUUGAGAGUUGGGACUUGGGACUCGAGACUCGAGAGAGGUGAAUGCUGCGGCUGACGGCUGAUAACUUAGCAAGUUAGCAUAACCGGGUGCAUCUGAGCUGAGCUGAGCAUAGCAAGUCGUGGUUGGGUGGUGCUGCUGCUGUUUUGGAGAGCGUAGACAGUCCAAUCCAAUGGAAGAGCAGCACCGCAAGAAGCUUCUGGUUCUCUAUGCCUCACAGACUGGCAACGCUUUGGACGCAGCUGAACGCAUUGCUCGCGAAGCUGAACGAAGAUCAUGCCCCCUUACUCUCCUCUCUCUUGAUCAAUAUCAACCUAGUAUGUUGCCGCAUGAGGAGGCUGUGAUUUUUGUGGUUUCUACCACUGGCCAGGGUGAUACUCCUGACUCCAUGAAGGUCUUUUGGAAGUAUCUUCUUCAGAGAAGCCUAAGCCAGCAUUGGCUGAAAGGGACUCUUUAUGCUGUUUUCGGUUUGGGUGAUUCUAGUUAUCAGAAGUACAACUUUGUUGCAAAGAAGCUGGACAAAAGAUUAAUGGACCUUGGAGGAACAGCUAUCAUAGAAAGAGGCUUGGGGGAUGAUCAGCACCCUUCAGGCUAUGAGGGUUCUCUGGAUCCUUGGAUGUCUUCUCUGUGGGGAAUGUUGAAUAUCAUUAAACCAGAAUUCUUCCCAAAUGGUCCUGAUGUUGUGAUUCAGGACAAAGUAUUGAUUGAUCAACCCAAAGUCCAAAUCACAUAUCACAAUAUUGAAAAUGUUGAUUCAAGUUUUUCUACUGCAUCAGAUUUAACUAAUCUUGAUAUUCAAAUUGGGAGUGCACGUUCAAUGCAUCCUGGAAAAUUAUCUUCUGACAAAUGUAGGCCCGACUGCUUUCUCAAGAUGGUAAGGAAUCUCCCUUUGACCAGGCCAAAUGGUGGAAAAGAUGUCCGCCAUUUUGAAUUUGAAUCUGUUUCAAAUGCCAUUGAAUAUGAUACUGGGGAUGUCCUUGAAAUUCUCCCUGGUCAGGUGUCAGCUUCAGUUGAUGCUUUCAUACGACGUUGUAACUUGGAUCCUGAUUCAUUAAUCACAGUUAAUCCAAGACAAAUGGAUGGUUGUACCGAUAGUAACUCUAGAGUCCCUGUAAAAUUAAGAACUUUUGUUGAGUUCACAAUGGAUAUAGCUUCAGCUUCCCCUCGACGGUAUUUCUUUGAGGUUAUGAGUUUUUUUGCAACAGCUGAACAUGAGAGGGAAAGACUCCAGUAUUUUGCUUCACCUGAAGGAAGAGAUGACCUGUAUCAAUACAACCAGAAGGAAAGGAGAACAGUUCUUGAGGUAUUAGAGGAUUUUUCUUCUGUACAAAUGCCAUUUGAGUGGCUAGUGCAAUUGGUUCCUCCAUUGAAAAGAAGAGCAUUCUCCAUAUCUUCUUCUCACUUAGCACACCCGAAUCAAGUACACUUGACUGUGGAUGUGGUAUCAUGGACAACACCUUACAAGAAGAAGAAAAAAGGGCUAUGCUCCUCAUGGCUAGCUGCAUUAGAUCCUCAAGAUGUCACAUAUAUUCCAUCCUGGAUUCAUAAAGGUGGUCUUCCUACACCGCCACCAUCACUUCCCCUCGUACUAGUUGGACCUGGGACAGGAUGUGCACCUUUUCGCGGGUUUGUCGAGGAAAGAGCCUUGCAAAGUGAAACUAACUCAGUUGCUCCAAUUAUUUUCUUCUUUGGCUGUCGAAAUGAAGACAUUGACUUUUUGUACCGAGACUUUUGGUUCUCUCAUUCACAGAACAAUGGGGUACUUUCGGAAGCAAAGGGUGGAGGAUUCUAUGUUGCUUUCUCAAGAGACCAGCCGCAAAAGGUUUAUGUUCAGCACAAGAUGAGGGAACAAAGCCAGAGGAUAUGGAACCUGUUAGCCCAGGGUGCGGCUAUUUACAUAGCCGGUUCUUCUACCAAAAUGCCUGCAGAUGUAACGUCAGCUUUUGAGGACAUUGUAUCUAAAGAAAAUGAGGUUUCAAGGGAAGAUGCAGCUAGGUGGAUUAGGUCACUAGAAAAGCAUGGUAGAUUUCACGUUGAGGCAUGGUCUUAAAAAAAGCCUUAAGAGUCUUAGACGAAGUUUAAGGGAUAUCAAGAAUAUACCAAGUUUCUGUUCAUGAGGGGCUCACUUGCUGGUUUAGUUGAUAUUGGGCUAAUUUUUUUGUUAUGGAAGUAUAAGUGGUGAUAUACUUUAACAUUGUAAUUUUUGAUGUUUUUCAAAACUGUGGAAGUACACAAAUCGGAGGGUCCGAUUUCUGUAUCUCAAAUUUUUUUAACUUUUUUUAACACAAAUCGGACGGUCCGUCCGACUGUACCUCUCAUAAAUCGGACGGUCCGAUUUCUGUAUCUCUAAUAAAUCGGACAGUCCAAUUUCUACUUUUCUAGUUAAA